GGCGGAGCGGCCUGAGGAGCCCGCGGGGAAAGCGGGCGGCGGCUGUGGGGUUUCGGCGUGUCGCGUCCCUGGGCGGCCGUGAUCCAGCGCCACCAUGCCUGCGGUGUCGAAGGGCGAUGGCAUGCGAGGCCUGGCGGUCUUCAUCUCCGAUAUCCGCAAUUGCAAAAGUAAAGAAGCAGAGAUAAAGAGGAUAAAUAAGGAACUAGCAAACAUUCGGUCAAAAUUUAAAGGUGACAAGGCUCUGGAUGGUUACAGUAAGAAAAAAUAUGUCUGCAAACUGCUUUUCAUCUUUCUUCUGGGCCAUGACAUUGAUUUUGGUCACAUGGAGGCUGUAAACCUGCUCAGUUCCAAUAGAUACACAGAGAAACAGAUUGGCUAUCUCUUCAUCUCUGUCCUAGUGAACUCUAACAGUGAGCUGAUCCGCUUAAUAAACAAUGCAAUCAAGAACGACCUGGCCAGCCGAAACCCCACCUUCAUGGGGCUUGCUCUGCACUGUAUUGCUAACGUGGGGAGCAGGGAGAUGGCGGAAGCAUUUGCUGGAGAAAUUCCAAAAAUACUUGUGGCUGGAGACACUAUGGAUAGUGUGAAGCAAAGUGCUGCUUUAUGCUUGCUACGUUUAUAUAGAACUUCUCCUGACCUUGUUCCCAUGGGAGACUGGACAUCCAGGGUGGUGCAUCUCCUCAAUGACCAGCACUUGGGUGUGGUUACUGCAGCUACAAGCCUGAUCACCACUUUGGCACAGAAGAACCCAGAAGAGUUUAAGACUUCAGUCUCUUUGGCAGUGUCUAGAUUAAGCAGAAUUGUAACUUCUGCAUCAACAGAUCUUCAGGACUACACAUACUACUUUGUUCCUGCUCCUUGGCUAUCUGUGAAACUUCUGAGGCUGUUACAGUGCUAUCCCCCUCCAGAAGACCCUGCGGUACGUGGCCGUCUAACAGAAUGCCUGGAAACUAUUCUUAACAAAGCACAGGAGCCACCAAAGUCAAAAAAAGUACAACACUCAAAUGCGAAGAAUGCUGUCCUGUUUGAGGCAAUAAGCUUAAUUAUACAUCACGACAGUGAGCCAAAUCUACUAGUCCGUGCCUGUAACCAGCUAGGUCAGUUCUUGCAGCACCGAGAAACUAAUUUGCGUUACCUAGCACUGGAAAGCAUGUGCACGCUUGCCAGCUCUGAAUUCUCACAUGAGGCUGUGAAAACACACAUAGAAACAGUUAUCAAUGCAUUGAAGACUGAAAGAGAUGUAAGUGUACGACAGAGAGCUGUAGAUCUUCUGUACGCAAUGUGUGACCGAAGCAAUGCCCAACAGAUUGUGGCUGAAAUGCUGAAUUACCUGGAGACCGCUGAUUAUUCCAUUAGAGAAGAAAUUGUGAGCUAUUUGUGUUUUCCUUAUUUUUUUCAUAGCUGGCUUUGGUACCAUAAGUAUCAUUUAUUGAUAAGGAUGCUGCAUAGAACUAGCCCUGACCUGGCUUCAUCUGAGGUAGUUUCUGAGGAACCAGCUGAUACUGUGCAUGAUGCUGAUGAGCUUUUUCACAAGUUUGUGUGUAAAAAUAAUGGAGUCUUAUUUGAAAAUCAGUUGCUACAAAUUGGCUUGAAAUCUGAAUUUCGGCAGAACCUGGGACGUAUGUUCAUAUUCUAUGGUAAUAAGACAUCAACACAGUUCUUGAAUUUUACUCCAACAGUAAUCUGCUCAGAUGACCUUCAGUCAAGCCUGAAUCUUCAGACAAAACCUGUUGACCCCACAGUAGAUGGAGGUGCACAGGUUCAACAGGUUGUGAACAUCGAAUGCGUGUCAGACUUCAUGGAAGCUCCAAUCCUGAACAUUCAGUUCAGGUAUGGUGGAACAUUUCAAAAUCUUUCAGUAAAAUUACCCAUCACACUGAAUAAGUUUUUCCAGCCAACAGAGAUGUCUUCUCAAGACUUUUUUCAGCGUUGGAAGCAACUGAGCAAUCCAAAACAAGAAGUACAGAAUAUCUUCAAAGCAAAACACCCGAUGGAUGCAGAGAUCACAAAAGCGAAGAUAAUAGGCUUUGGAUCAGCGCUGCUUGAGGAGGUAGAUCCCAAUCCUGCCAACUUUGUUGGUGCUGGUAUCAUACAUACAAAAACUACUCAGAUUGGAUGCUUGCUGCGCCUUGAACCCAACCUCCAGGCACAGAUGUACAGGCUCACACUACGAACAAGUAAAGAAGCUGUAUCUCAGAGAUUAUGUGAAUUGCUGUCUGAACAGUUUUAAUAUUAACCAUGUCAGUUUUGGUUUUUCCACUUAUAUCACUGUCAUCAUACUGCAAAUAAAUGUCUUGUACAUCACUGUCUGAGUACUGCAAUGUUAACCAAUACCAGCUCCCUGCCUUAAUAGGACUUGACCCUUGUUUAAAAUUAAGAAUAUAAAAUGUACAGUACAGGGAAGUGACUUUUUCCAUUAAAAAUGGCUUUUAGUCUGUUACACAAAGGGUGGGAGGGCUGUUUUUGCUCCUUUUUUUUGCAGAGGUCAGGCUUUUAACCUUGUUGAAGGGAAGUUGUUUUAGAUGUGGUAAUCAAGGAUUUCAGCUGGAAAUAGCUAGUAAACAUUCUGCUUCAGUACCUUUAACAGGUACUUCCUCUGCUCUGAGUUGAAAGAAACCAAUGUACUGCUGCUCAGUAAGGUUAAAUCAGAUGUUAAAUGUAGAGUCAAAACUUUGUAAAGUGAACGUUCCCACAAGUUGUCUGCUGGAUGGGAGGGCAGAUUCCAGGAUGUGUUUGAAUCUGAUUCAAGUGAACAUUUGUGUUGUGUCACCAAUCUUUGUAUUUAAAAAAUGUCACAGGACCAGAGUCUUAAAAUAUUAAUUGUGUAAUAUUUUACAUCUUAAUGUUUUCUGAUCUUUGGAAAGUGAAUUGAAAGCAAAAGCUAUUCUUAAUCCUUCUGCUUAUCUCUAAUAAUGAGAUGAGCUUCUCUGGUAGGUGGUGAAUGAGUAUAUACUUGUUCCUUGUUACUCAGUGAAGUUAAAUACUUUGUUCUCUGUUUUUUCUGUUUUCCAUCAGACUUCACAAGUAAUAGUCCUAAUGAUGUGAUACAAUUAACUGCAGGGUCUAGUAUUGUAUAAAAGAAGUGAGAGGAAAUGGGCCCUUGAAGGGCUCUAAGGCAUGCACUCUUAGAUGAAAAUGUAAUUUUAAACAAUAUUUUCUCCAGUGUACAUGAAUGGUAAAACUUAAGAGGUUGAAUAACUGAUAUCUGAACAGUUUCCUUUCUGUCAGUGGUAAAAAUGUCCAACAUGGUAUAGAAAACUUCUGUUGAAACUUAAAGUGGAAUACUCAAAAACGUCCAGGUUUUUACAACCAGAGUCUUUUUAACUUGUUUCACGUCAGCAAACUCUUCACAGCCUCUCUGCAGAAAUUUUGGCUCACACUCAAGCCUUGAGGUGCAACAAAGGCUGCAAAACCAAAGCAAGUGAGGUAGCCCAGUUAGAAACCAUGGGCAGUUGUAAGCGAGAACUACAGAUCACGAUGAACAAAAUCAUCUACUGCUGACGUGAGAAGUGAACCUCAGGUCAAGGUUUCCUCAAGGUUAUUUAAAGGCAGCCUGGGACUGGUGUCUCACACACAUACAGACAAGUGUGCCCAUGGAGUAAAGGUUUUGAGUAAGAGUGAUGACAUUGAAAAUACAUUUAAAUGAGGCUGCUGUCAUGCUGCCCAGUGCACAGCAGGGGACAGGAUUCUCCAUGAUUGAGUGUGCCUUGCUUUUUGUCUUCAGUGCUUUGAGUUUAAAUGAUGGAAUUGGGAGAUUAUAACUUGAUUUGGUUGAAGGCUAGUACUUGAGUACUUGAGUACAGGUGAAAAAUGAGGAACAAAGGUUUUGCUGUGAUGUGUGGAUUUUGGGGGAUAUGUUUUGUUUUUCCAGAAAUGGCUUGUAACUAUGGAUAUUAAGACUGAAAAUUUGGCUAAAGGCCUGGUCAUUCUGCAAAAGUUCUCUUGAACAACUGGCCCCUUUAAGGCCUUUUAAAUACUUCUUAAUUAAGACUCUUUGAUCAUAAAUAUUGUCAUUGAAAGUCUUCAUGAGCAGUUCCUGCAGUCAUGUUGGGCAGUUGCAAAAUACUAAUGGGAUAGCUUAUGUUUUUUCCUCUGGAUGGUGUAUGUCUCAUUAUUAGUCCUGUUACGUUAACCAUGCUGUCGGCUGCUACAUUACAAAUCUGAUGUGCUGAUCUAAAGGGAGUCUUAGCAAAGACAGGGGAGGAGCUUCUGUUUCAACUAUUCCAAAUCCUGUUGUAUAUCUGUCCCCCUGAAAAAUGUUCUGUGCCCUCAUUAAAGGACACCUUGAGAACUGCACUACUUUAUUUCACUCUGCUUUGGUUCAAGCUGUGCUAAAAUGUGCAUUAAAAUAUGGGAAGGAGGGAGGGGUAAGGGAAAAGUGUCUUUUCAGUGGUGACUGUGUUAAGCUUAUGACUGUUCACUCUUUAUAUUAAAUGUCAGCUCAAUGAAGCCAUGAGCAGAAAAGUGAACAAAUUGAAUACAAAUACUUUAUUUUUUUUUUUUUUUUGUUUGUGAAUGAUGGUUAACUUACCAGUGAUGUAUCCUGUCAAGCAGACAAAGUAAUUUCUGCAGUAAACAGUGUUAUUGUUUUUAAGUACAGUAUUUUCAGGCAUUGACAUGUGAAAAUAACUGAAUAGCAAAACAGGUAGCAUAUGUUCAUUCUUGACCUACACUCCAGUAUGUAACAUUUAUGGUGAUUGUCUUAUUUGUAUAAAACAAAGUUCUGUCAAAUUAAGUGGAGAAUUUUCAUAUAGAAGACUAUAUAUUAGACUAUAUUCAUCAGAAGAACGUAUUAAGAUUAAAUAAAUGAUUAGAACAGUAA